AUGCUUGAGAGCAACACCACCUUGGAGUUCUACGUAGAUGACUGUCUGAUCCAUGUUGCAGGGAAGCUUGUGCAGCAUGAACAUUACGACGGGCUGAUCUACAACAACUGGUUGCUCCGCGAUCUGUUUGGGAAGAUUGUGACACGCCUGGGGCGAUUGGGCCUGGGGGUCAAGGUUGACAAGUUGGAGCUGAUGCACUUCCGGCGGGCACGGGAUGCAGCUUGGAACGAGUGGGAGCCACUGGGACCAAAGCUGAAGCUUCAAGUUGAUGGCCAGUCGCACACAGUAGAGCCUAAGCAUGUCAUGCAGUACCUGGGGUUCUACCUGGACCCGAGGCUGUCCUUCCGUGAACAUGUCCAAUUCUAUGCCACAAAGGCGUCCAGCACACGUCGAUUGUAUAUCUCGAAUGUCCUCCCGAUUCUCACAUAUAGUGCCCAACUGUGGUGGGACCCAGGCUGGAAGGGGAAGCAGAAACCUACCCAGGAUGGUAUCACUCCUAUAACACAUAUUGACCAGCUAGGACGCACCUGUACUGAGGAGUUUGCUGUCCUCGAGGCGGAGUGCCGCCCAGGUGACCAUGUCAAGGAUGUCUUUGACAGCCAGGUGACCUUCCAUAUGAAUGUUGUGGACAGCAUGCAGGCUUCCGUAAAGGUGGAUGGUGACAAGUUGGAUUGGUGGGUCAGGAACGUAUUUGUUCCUAUGGUCAUGAGUGUCGAGGGCAACCCGGCAUGUGCGUUAGUGUUCAUGGACAGCUCUCAGAAGAAAGGAGAGCACAUACCUGGAGGCGUUGCUGCAGGCGCAGCGUGGGUUGUAAAACACUGGGAAAAGGUCCGGUGGGGCCAAUUCGGAUGCAGAAAGGCCACUCCGUAUAAUGCAGAAAUGGCUGCACUGGCACAGAGCCUGAAUGAGGUCAUGCGUGACCUGCCAGAGUCAGUGUCGGACAUUCAUGUCUUUGCAUACAACAGGACUGCACUCACGUCCAUUCUGGCUGCGGGAACCGGCCCUGCACAAAUGCUGUCAGUUGUGGCUUGCCAGUCGGUCCAUCCAUGGCUGGCCUGCUCGCCCGAGCAUUGGAUCCACGUGUGGUGGUGUCCAGGUCACCGCGGCAUGUACUGGAAUACAGUUAUCGACAAGGACGCCAGCCUUGAAGCAGCCGAACUGUCAGGUGAGAUAUCCUUCGCGUACGCGAGGCAGUGUAUCACAGCAAACGCGUAUGCAGCUUGGCGGAAAGACAUGCAGAGGCCGGCCUACCGAGGGCAUAAUAGCCUGGUGCAAAAUGCUGACUUUGAACGGUGCAAGCACACAUCAGCAAACUGGUUCUUGAGGACGGCGGAACACUGCCCAACUUAUCUGGCGCGGCUAGUUCAGUUCACCAGUGGGCACUUCCCCUAUGGGGCUUUCUGUGAGCAUUUCAAUUUCGAUGAGAACCAGCGGUGCUGGUAUGGGACGGCUGAUGUCAAGACUCGGGACCACAUCUGGUUUGACUGCGAUCUCUGGAUUAAGAAGCACAAGCCGCCGGAUGACGAGAUCGCAUGGUGGGGUCAGGGUGAACGAAACGCCCUGAGAGCCCUGGACCUCCUCUCUCCCACCCCGCCGGGCAUGAGCUCGCUCAAACACUUCCUGCAGGACUGGAGGGAGACCCCGAUUGACCUUGAUGACGUCGCUGAGUUCUUGCGACUCAACCCUGCGGUGGAGACUUUCACCUGGUUGGAGCUGGUGGACCAGGCGUUGGCGGAUAGGGAACAGGGUGAGGAGGACUCGCUGGCGCUCCUCAAAGCUGACCUGCACAUAGUGCAGCGCAAGAAAGCGUAUGAGAUGUGGGUUGCCACACACCCGAGUGUAGAUCUCGCCUCGUUCACCGAAUCGUACGCCAUCGAGGUGGCGGAGGCAGUGGCCAAAUUGUUUGAAAUUGAUGAGUUGACCCUCGUUGCGCUGCAGGCAGAAUUCGGGCUCCCUGCGGCCAAAGCGAGGGCACGUCAGGCACGCUGGAGGGGUGACCCUAUUGGGACGCCUGCUAUCUCACACGUUAGGAUGUUUCAUCUUCUCUGUCCCUCUUCUUUCCCUCUUUCUUUCUUUCCCCUCCCUUGUCUUGCUCAGUCUGUUUAG